AUGGGGCGUAGCUACAUAGAGUAUUUGGGGCCUGGGGGCUAUGUCCCUUGUACCAAAAAGGGCUUAAAAAGAAAGAAAGAAAAUAAAGUAAUCACUUCCUGGGUGAUGUCCAAUGCGUAUAUAAGUCGUGAACGUCACUGGAGGCUACAGCAGUUUCCUCUGUGUCGUGGGAGUGACAACAUCACCAGUAGUGUUAAUUCAUUACUUCUCAUAUUUGGAAACAUGACUCUUAAGAUUGAUGGUAUUUGUUCAUACCCGUGCCUCAGGAGCCUUGCAGAAUCCCCUGUAUUAGUUUUGUCAUAUCUAGCAUCACAGUUCUUCCUCUCUAACCAGGUUAUCACCUUUGCAUCAUUGCUGGUAGCCGCAAGUGCAAAGCCAAGCCUUUCUCAGAGCUAUCAGGCUCCAGGAUCUUCCUUCGGUGAUUCUGUAGGAACUGCCAGUCUCCUCCGACCUGCCAUCAAUUUUGGAGGGAUUGCUUCUGGUGGAGCCUACAGCCAUCCUGUCGCACCUGUAACUCGUCAAUAUAAUUUCAAUUAUGCCAUCAACGAUGCUUUUGGUAACGAUUUCGGCCACCAAGAGGGGCGCGAUGGAUACAACACUCAGGGAUCCUACUACGUGCAACUUCCCGAUGGUCGUCUGCAGAGGGUCACUUACACUGUCAACGGCAACCAAGGAUACGUGGCUCAGGUGACGUACGAGGGAGUGGCUCAGUACCCUGCCUUCCAGCCGUCUGCCUCCUACUCGCCCGCACCCUCUUAUGGUUAAGGUCUGCAAUACCAUGUAACAUAAUGUUAAGAUAACAUGUUGAGAUACUUUCCAUCUGUUCGUCUUUUGUAAUGUUAAAUAUUAUGCUGACAAAAAUAAAACUAUUUCACACAUACA